UGCAUCCACUUUCGGGUUGUUGUUCGAUUAUUUUUUAUUAGUUUUUUAUGUUUUUAAUGAGACAAUAACUGGGAAUAAUGUUUAAUGGUUUUGUUCUUGUGAUUGUUUCUGUGAUCAGUUUUCUGCCCGGCUUCCAUGUGGUCACUGCUGAUGAAAACUGUGCAGAAAAACCUGUUUUCACUCCGUCCAGACUGAUAGUGAAGUAUGGUGACCCAACCACUGCCACCUGCCUUGUUUGUCAGCAUAAUUGCACAAGUGACAUAUUUGGUCUGGAGCAUGCUGUGGGGUACACUGAAGAAAAUGGAACCACGAUUUCAUGGAAGGUUGACAGCCUGACUGAAUGGGAUACAUCUCCAAUGUGCUACUAUACUGAUGAUGAUGAUAACCAGUGUGUUACCAGGCUGCCUAUAACCGUCUAUCAGCCUCCAAAAAAUGUCCAUCUCAGCUUCCUAAAUCACUUUGGGCCGAUGUUUGCAGGCCAUCAGUACACUCUGCAGUGUACAGUCCAGGAAGUUUCUCCUAUUAGUAACCUCACUGUGACCUUCUACAGAGGACAGACAGAACUACAGAGACUACAGUCCAGCAGCACAACAAUGGAGCCAGUUAAUGAGACCUUCACCCUGGACAUCAACCCUAGUAAAGAAGAUGAUGGAGGCCUGUACUGGUGUGAAGCCGAGCUAGAGCUGGGAGCUGAAGGACCACAGCUUCCUCCAGUGGUGACAUCACAAAACAUCACUGCCACUGUUCACUACAAGCCUCAGCUGAAGGAGAGUCCCGAUCCAGAACGGAUCACCGUGAUAAAAGGAGACCCUCUUUAUCUGAACUGCUCUAGUGAAGGAAACCCCAGCCCCUCCUACACCUGGACGCUCCCGUCAACCAGUCGCCCCCCCUUCAGUGGCAGCACUCUCAGUAUCGAGGCUGUAACUUCUACAGAUGGAGGACAGUACAUCUGUUUGGUCAGCAACUCUAUGGGGAAUGUGACUAAAGAGUUUACUGUCGAUGUCAACGUGAACUACAUCCACAUUAUAAUAGGCGUGGUGGUAGCAGUCAUCGUUCUUGCUGCCCUUGUCUUUGUUGUGUGGUAUCUGAAAAGAAACAAAUGACGGGACAGUAGAACCUGACGGACAUUUUCCAUCUUUGCCAUCACCAUCAACACGUUGCUGUGCCUGUUGGAGAGUAAGUUUUUGGGUGAAGCCUCACAUGUGUAUAGACGACCUGAACCUGUUGACAUGUCAAGUGCUGCAGUUAUGCUCAUAAGCUGCAGUUAGGUGUAAACCACAGAUGUACAUAAAAAGCCUCAGGAAUCCCUUUAUAUGAGGUGUAACACACACAUGCUGUACAUGAGCAAUUCAAUAAAACAUUUUAAAUGUACAUUUUGUAUUUAUGUUGGUUUUAUUUAAUCUGAAAUGACAUUUGCAAAAAGAAACAUUUAAACCAAAAGUAAGACUUUAUCCACCUACAUUGCAUUUAAGUGCACUUGUAAAAAUAGUUGUCCGUCAUUUAAAUGUUCAAACGUUUUGUCAAUAUUGAGCAGGACAUAUCCUGAAAAACAAUUUACUUUUCAAAAUCAUUGUGUGACAAAUGAUGUAAAAUUUGUAACAAAACAUAGUGUUGCAUUGCAAAAGUGGAUUACAUUUAUUCCACGUUUUAGUUCACAUUUAUUUUCCUGUAUUUAAUUUCUUUAUUUUCUUCCCCUGCCCCAUCAGCCAGGUAACACAUAAAUGAAUCGAGUCGAGUGUAUUGUUAGCCCCCUAAGCCUCAGUUGCCAAGCUAUAGCGAUGCUAGCCCAAAUCAAUAAUAGAUAUGACGUGAUGACCACCGAGGAGGAUGCUGCUUUAGAGAAUGGUAAUGCUCACUCUUCA